GUACUCUGUACUCUACUCUGUACAUUGGCAUGCUCUACUUCCUACGCCGGUACGCGACACCAAACACCUUAUUCGAGCAAGAUGGUCUCUCCAGUGCAACCCUUAAAGUCUCUGAGAGACUCACAAGUUGUUGUCGAUACCUACCGCCAGUUGUAUCGUCACGGGCUGAAAGCCGUAAAUUAUUCGACUCCAGCUCGAUACGUCCUUCUGCAUACUCUACGCUCCUCCUUCCGAUCGUCACCUCCAGAGAGCCUGGACCAAAAACGUGUCGCCAAUACUAUUCAAUUCCUCCAGAGAGCAGCGGAAGCCGCAGGUCUGGAACACAAGAUUGUGAAGAACAUGAUGAUCAUGAAAUACUGGCAAAAUCCCCAAAUAAGGCGAGAGCUCCGAACGUGAGUUUGCACUCAUUUCGGUAUGAGAUUGGAAUGUUGUCUCUGACCCUACCUAGUAUCAAAGGCUUAGGGGUCGAGCCCCAUGAUCCUAAACUCAAGGAGGACGCCUGGCAGCAAUACAAUUUGACCUUGAAGCUCCUGAACGAGAGCUUGGGGACUUGCCUCG